AUGGGAGCUGUGACUGCCUUCCGCAGCUGCGAGGCCGCUGGUGCGCCGGCGAGAGCGUGUCAACAAGGAGUUUAUUUGAUGAGGCGAGAGUUGUUGAGAUGGGCCAAAGCGCCCUGGCGAAGUCCGACGGCGAAGGAACGGGUGAGGCAUUUGGAUGAAGCCCGAGGCGUGGCGCUCUGUGCGGAUCUCUGGGAGAUGCACCGGCCCGGGCGUGUCUCCGAUCCCGGCCUUUCCUUGGCUCUAGACCGAAGGCUACGCCAGCCCGCACGGCAAGCACUAGGACGUCUGGAUGGUGGGAGAGCUGAGUUAUCCAGGGCCUCCCAAGCCUUAGCCGCCGUGGCGGCGGUGGACUCGGCUCCGGGCCGGGAGAUCUGCGAGGAACUCAUCGCGGGGACGGAGGAAUGUAGGGCUUCUGACCCUUGGGCGGAUCGGGGACGCAGCGGCUUGCACCGUGGCAUUGGGCUGUCUGUCGGCGGCCCAGAGAAGCAAGUGCCAAAGGCGCCAGCGUCUGCCUUGGUGCCCAUUUGGUUGGAGGGCUGCUUGGUGGGCAAGGAUUCCUGGCAUCAACCCCAGGUGACCAUCUCUGGAGAAUUGGAGGCGCGUGGCAUUCCCACCUCACUGCGGCAGGCGGCCGAGGACUUUGCCAAGGCGCCAAGGACACCAGAGGCACCCUCCGAAUGA